AUGUCAUUGAAACAGGAAAUCGAAACGUGGGUGACCGCCCUGGACUGCUAUGAUCAUCAGGAGUUUGAAGAAGCCAUAAGGCUCUUUAAUGAGAUUGCAGACACAUCUAAGAUCCUAUUUAACCUUGGUGUGAUUCAUGCGACUUUGGGUGAGCAUGAGAAAGCCGUUGAUUGUUAUCAGCGAUCAGUUGGGUUGGAUCGGUACCUUGCUAUCGCCUACUUCCAACAAGGUGUAUCGAACUUCUUGCUCGGUGACUUCGAGGAAGCCUUAGCGAAUUUCAACGACACACUACUGUACCUUCGAGGAAACACGUCUAUCGAUUAUGAACAACUGGGUCUCAGGUUUCGUUUGUAUUCAUGUGAGGUGUUGUUUAAUCGUGGUCUGUGCUAUAUCUAUCUCCAACAAGUCGAACCUGGUAUGAAAGACAUGCAGUUUGCUGCCAGGGAGAAGGUUACGGAAGACCACGACGUUAUCGAGGACGCCAUACGUGAGAAUGCAGAAGGGUACACGGUCUUCUCAAUUCCUGUAGGAACUAUCUAUCGUCCUAAUGCCGCCAAAGUCAAGAAUCUCAAAUCCAAAGAUUACCUGGGCAAGUCCCGCUUGGUUGCUCAAUCCGAUCGCCGUCAGGGAGCAGAACAUAAUUGGAGACCCAUUGUCAUCGACAAGACAGCAUUCGAGGACCGAGAUGGAAUGUCUUACGCAGCCACAAAUAUGGUCCAUAAGAAUCUGAGUAGCCGCACUCGUCAACAAUCAGAGCCUCCAUUGAACCGCAACGUAUUCCCACCAACACCGCCACCCGACGACCGCUCUACCAGCAAUGGAUAUCCUUCAGGGAGUAGCCACCAUCGCAGUUCCUCACUUCGCACCAAUGCACGACCGCUACGUUUAGACCUAGAACGAACAGGCGCUGCCUUGGACCGUCGGCCCAGUGUACCAGAGGCUGCAGCACCACUUUCCCUAGCAUCUACAGAAAAGCCACGGAUUGGGACAACACGGACAGCAUCGGAGCCCCGUGGGCCGGCUUCUCGACAACAGAACAUCCGCGGAUAUUCUCAAGACCCAAGCCGUGCCCGGCCUCAAGAAGGACACCGCAGGAAUCAUAGUGACAAUGACUUUCCGCCCAGUCAAGAAUACGCACAGGCUGACCCGCGCGACCCAUAUUCAGGGUCUAAGCCCCCUCCGAACUCAAACUACGGACGAAGAAGUCGACACCAGCCCCCACAAUACAUCAACGAAGAAGAUGAAUAUGUUGAUGAAGUAUGCGAUGGCGAGCCCUUGAAAGAUGGAGGCUUUGAGUUAGUAGGUGCCGCACCUGAAGGUGACUCGUCUUCUCGACAACGGCGUACACGAUCCCCAGCACGGUUCUCACGGCGUGCAAACUCCCGAAGACCAGAAGUAAGAAAAUUCCGCACAAAGGUCCAUGCACCAGAUGAUAUCCGGUAUAUUAUAAUCGGGCCUACAAUUGAAUAUGCCGAUUUUGAGACUCGUAUUCGUGAGAAAUUCGGCUUCCAACACCCCUUGAAAAUCAAGGUCCAAGACGAUGGCGAUAUGAUUACUAUGGUGGACCAGGAGGAUCUGGACCUACUCCUAGGCUCAGCCCGAGAGAUUGCUCAACGGGAAGGAAGCGAAAUGGGGAAAAUGGAGAUAUGGGUCGAAGAACGGGUAAUCUGA